GGCAACUUAUCUCCCCGUUCGCCUCCAGCUUUCCGCUAUCGGCUCCGUCACAUUCGCACGAGGAAUCCGAGGAUACCAUCCACACCAAUCGCACACAGAGCUCGACAUCUGGCAUGAACGCCACCGCCAUCGACGAUGCUGCCACCCUGGCUGUCUUGAACCGAACCGACACUGACUCGGGCUUUCCGAGUUUCUGCGCUCUCCUCAUUAUCAUCAUUUUGGACCGGUGGAUGAUCCACACGAAAGACUUUCGCAGUCUCGUCACCUUGAUGGUGUACUGCGACUGCCUGGCCGAAAUACUCGUCUGGAUCGCUCCGAUGUGGGCUUCGGCAUCGCUCUGCCAGACGACAUGGCUCUACUGGGCCAGCGACAUGAUAUUCUCGUUCAAGGACAUGUUCAAGUUUGGCUUUAUAGCCUGGCGAGCGACGCUGAUUUCGUGUCCGCGGAUGCGACAUGCACGCAUUGUCCAGAUAACUUUCGCAGCCGCGGGGCUGUCGCUGCUGCUCUAUCAUGCAUACAUCUGGACGUCCUACAAUCUAUCGGGCGACUGUUCCGGCCAUGCAAGCGCCAGCGGCUCGGCUAUUGCACUGAUACUGCUCUACGGCUACUGGUUCCUGGUUGAGGUGGCAGCGGCAGCGGCGAUGAUCUACACACUGAGAAGGGCAGCCACGCUCGAGUCGGGGGCCAAGAUCUCGGCCGAGGAAAACUUUGCGGCCAAGGUGAUGCGGAAGGAAGCCUGGCGCAUCUGCUGGUCGACGGUGCUGGGCUCGGUCGUCUGCGGAUGUGCAGUGGCCGAGUUUGUCAACCACCGAAAGUACCUCUAUCUCAAGGGAUCUGUCUUUACGAUCUGUGUCGCCCCGUCCAUCUUUCGCCGGCCACCGACCAUUUCAAUUGCCUCAAUCAUGGCCGAGAAACCGUGGUACAUCCCCGAGGAUGCCAUCACCGGCCGCUCGGUCGAUCCGAUAGCAGCCGGCGGCUUUGGCGAGGUGUUCACUGCCUCAUACUAUGGCGCCCCUGUCGCCGUCAAGCAGCUCUAUCGAGGCUACAACCAGAACGAGCUCGCCGACUUUGGUCGUGAGAUCGGCAUCUGGCACAGACUCAGUCAUCCACAUGUCCUUCCACUCCUCGGUGCAUGCGAUACCGCAACAAAACCCUUCAUGGUUUCGCCGUUCAUGCCCAAUGGCACCCUCCACAACCACUUUGUCACCGCACCCAAUCCCCGUCCUCUUAGCGAGAAGGUCCGCCUCCUGUACGAAAUCGCCUCGGGCAUGGCCUAUCUCCACGGCAAUAACAUUGUCCACGGCGACCUCAAGUCCCUCAACGUGCUGCUGGAUGUCGGAUAUCACGCCGUCGUGACCGACUUUGGCAUGGCCAGAACCAAACACACUUCGACCACCGCCAACCGAGCCCGCCGCGAUCAGCCAGCCGGCGGCACUCUUGACUAUAUGGCGCCCGAAAUGCUCGAUGAAGAAACGCUGGCUGGGUCGUCGAUGCCUACCGAUAUUUACGCCUUCGGCAUCAUCGUCUACGAAGUCAUGAACGACUGCAAGCCCAUCUGGGUCACCGCCGAUGGCCAGCAGAUGAAGGAGAGUGUCGUCGAGCGUCUUGUCCUUCGAGGAGUUCGCCCCAAGCAGUUCGAUGGUAUCCCCGACGACAUCCGAGAUCUGAUCGAACUGUGUUGGCACCAAGAUCCCGCCAUGCGCCCAGGCAUCGCUGCCGUCAUGGCUCGGCUCAGCGACUGGAAAGAGAGAGUUGUUGUUGCAAUCGCCGCUCCAGGAGCAGUCACAGUUAUACCAGAGCAAGUUCAAAGCGACUCUGUUCGUCGUAUUGUUCCUCCUCGCAUCUCAAGAAUCUCACCACUCGCCGAUCCCGCUGUCGCAAACCAAGGAGAUAUACCCUCGUGCUUGUAUAGCAAGCCGCCAGUCCCAGUCAGCUCCAGCCAGGACAACAGCACAGACACGCCGCAGCUGUCCAGCAACUCAGCAGCGUCAAAAUCCUCUGGCAGCAUUUCAGGCUAUUUGAAUGAACUCGAGUCCCUCGAGAACCAAAUCAAGAAGAGAAAGGAGGCUGCUGAACGUGAGGACGCACGGAAGAGUGAAGAAGCCAUGUUGCUUGCCGAGCGCAUCCGCAGGGGGAACAGGAGCCUAUCCUUCUUGGUUCCCAUGGAAGUACCUCUCGAUGACGAAGCCAAAUCACCUGUCCUCCUCGCGACCUUCAGAGCAAUCUUUGGGGACCUCCUCCACCCGGUCGAGACCAGAGUCGUCGUGACCGCGAUCACACUCGCAGCGGGAGAAACCAGCCCAGUGGUCAUUGCCGACCUCUUUGGUAUCCCUCUCGACACUGUCAUAAGUGUGGUCGAGCUGUUGGCCCCGGUUCUGAACCCACUGGGCAGUGAUGACAACGUGCCAAACCCGCACGCUGAUCACAAAACUGUCAUCUCGUUCCUGCUGGGCGAGGCAUCGCUGGGCGAGCCAUUUCAUGUACUCAGUCGUUUCCACCUCGUCCUUGCCACCCGCUGUCUGUCCCGCAUCCUGGCGCAGGAGCCAGUGAUCAACAUCUGCGAUAUCUACGACUUUCACGACAAGAUCCCUGACCUCGAGGACAGGGUCGCAGCCAAGAUCACACCGUCGUUGCGAUACAGUGUCGCCCACUGGGUUACCCAUUUCAUUCACGGAAUCCAGGAUGAAGCUGCCAUGUCCACACACGUCUUUGAAUCUUCGAUCUUUACCGAACUGGCGGGCCUUCUGUCACAGCUUGUGAGAACACACACCUUUUACUGGCUCGAGUGUGGGUCGCUCACACAUGUGGUCAAGUCGAUCAUCGAGCAACUGGCUGUGCUCCGAGGAGUGAUCGACAAGGCACCCAGCACCGUCGUCGACGAUACCACGAAGGAACUGGUCAAGGACACGUAUCGAUUCAUCCGCGAGUUUGCCGAUCCAAUAAUCAAGAGUGCACCACAGGUGUACAACUCGGGAUAUGCAUUCACACCGAAGGAGACGGCGAUCUACAAGACAUAUGCCGAUCAACUUGAGGACAAGAUCCCGUUCCUGGUCACGGCCGGUCCAGCACCCACCUGGGGCAGCCCGGUCCAAUCGACUGAAGCGUAUACAAAACAAGUGGGUUGGGUCUCUGUUUCACAAGAUGGUGCCUGGUUUGUCUCGUGGAUCAAUGACGGAACCAUCAAGCUGUGGGAUGUCGCUACCGGCAAGUUAAGGAGAACCUUAACAAGGCACGUUGGCAUUGCCGCCGUGACUAUUUCGGCCGAUAGCAAGACAAUUGUGGUGGUCGAGUACGAUUGUACGAUCAAACAUCUGGAUGCCACUACCGGGCAGAUCAAGAAUACGUUCACUAAUCACAGAGCAAAUGAAAUGAACUCGGUGAUCUCACCCGAUGGCACAUUUGUGGCAGUUGUGGAUGGUGGGGUACGGAACAGAAUCAAGAUUUGGGACACGGCUACCUUCAGCGUGAAGCACACCCUCGAAGGACAUCAAGGCUGGCCGCGCUCCCUGGCGAUCUCGCCUUAUGGCAAGUGGAUAGCCUCUGGCUCAAGUGACCACACCGUCAAGGUUUGGGACACCGCCACGGGCCAACCGAAGCAUACCCUCAAGGGUCAUACAGACCGAGUGCUCUCUGUGGCAAUUUCACCCGAUGACAAGUGGAUUGCCUCAGGCUCGAGCGACGAGACAAUCAAAGUGUGGGAUGCCGCAACAGGCCAGUUGAAGUACACCCUGGAGGGACACACCCAGUGGGUGAACUCCGUGGUCAUCUCGCCCGACGGCAAAUGGAUUGUCUCUGGCUCGAGUGACGAGACCAUCAAAGUCUGGGACGCCACUACUGCUCAGAUCAAGCACACCCUCAAGGGGCACAGGAGAAUCGUGAACUCUGUGGCCAUCUCGCUUGACUGCAGGUUGAUUGUCUCUGGAUCAAGCGACAAGACAAUCAAGGUGUGGGAUGCCACAACGGGCCAACUGAUGCACACCCUCAGGGGACAUACAGAUGGCGUAAGCUCAGUGGUCAUCUCGGUCGACGGCAAAUCGAUUCUCUCCCGUCAAUUCAAGGACGACAGCCGAAUGGUCUGGGUCCGCCAAGGCAGCGACUAUGUCCGCUCCCCAGGGAAUCCAGCUAACUUUGUCGCGCCGUCCACCCGCCAAGUGCCACUUUCCUCGUCCGAGUGGGUCGAAGUCGAUUGGGACAACCAGCCACUGUGGAUCCGCCACGGUGUUCACGCCACCAAGAUUCCGCCGUAUCUCGGUCGACCCAGUAAUGAGGCUGUUCGACAUAUCUUGCCCAUGUACCUCCACAGCUUGAAUACACAGCUCUCAUUCGCCAGAUAUCUCAGUGGUUCGCCCGAUCCCGAGAGCCAAGCGCGCGCCGCCGCUGUUUAUGCUGAUCCAACUGUGGCAGCCCAUGUCGAAGAACAAGCCCGAAUUGCCGAAGAGCGAUCGAGAUUGACAGAAGAAGCCAAAACGGCUGAGGCAGAGAGUAUUGCCCAAGCAGAGGCGAGAAAGGCCGAAGAGGCGAGAAGGAUUGAAGCCGCCCGACCCAAAGGGUUGGCCAAGUGGUUUCGUUAACAAGAAUACGAACAUAUCCGAGUAAAGUACUGGCGUGUAAUACAAUCGAUUGAAUCGAUGGUAUAGA